GGUGGAUUUAUCAUCAGAACGCAUUUGACUAAUAGAGCGCAAACAAGCAGCAGUCAGAUAGAAAUAUUGAAAACUUCAAAAAAAUAUUUAUUUUAAAGAAAUUAUUUGCUAUACACAGACAUACGUUGUACAUGUUGUGAGAGUGUAUAAAAAAAAUAAUAUCUGAUAACAGUUAAAAAUACCGUGAACGAAAUAUUUAGCAAAUUGUGGUGGAUAUAUUUGGACUAUUGGUGAAUUUCUACAGGAGAUUUGAGAAAAAUUAUUUUGUCAACUGACGAUUAUAAUAUCAUGAAAAUGAACUUUAAACUUUUCUACACCCGUUCUUGUCUAACAUUUUUGCUCAUAUUCCUUGGAAAUUAUGUUGCCCGUAUCGAUGGCAAACCAACAGUAACAUUUUUGGAUGGCUACCUUGAAAGUAUCGAUCGCGAUUAUAUCAUACCAUAUCAACAACCGAUAACCGACUAUCAUCUGAGUCGCUUAAGACGUGGCUAUUAUUACGUUGAAGAUGGCUAUAUAACAGCUAUACCCGAAUCGGCCAUAUUGGCUAAUCGGCGUGUGGAUACAGUGGCUCCAAACGGUGAUGAGACCACCGCGAAUGCAGGAAAAUAUAAGCGUACACAUGGCAAGCGUAAGAAGCUGUUCGUACCAAAUUUAUUUGGUUAAGUGCAGCGGAGAGAGGAAUAAAAGGCGAAAGAGAAGUGUAAGAUACAGAGAGACAGAGAUGGCAAUGCUAAUGUAAAUCAAUGUCAAAUAUGCGCAAAAUUUUCCUCACUUUGGUUGGAUGAUUAAUGCAUUUAUGGUGAAUUUUUGCCUUUGGUGAUUCUUGGCUGCAUUCAACACUCAGAGAUGAGAGACUGAUGAAAUAUGUAUUAAUUUUU